GGAUCGGGAUGGUCUGGCUGGCAUCGGGAUGGGCUCGCUGGGAUUGGGAUGGUCUGGCUGGGAUCGGGAUGGUCUGGCUGGGAUCGGGAUGGGCUCGCUGGGAUUGGGAUGGUCUGGCUGGGAUCGGGAUGGUCUGGCUGGGAUCGGGAUGGGCUCACCGGGAUCAGGAUUGUCUGGCUGGGAUCGGGAUGGACUCACCGGGAUCGGGAUGGGCUCGCUGGGAUCAGGAUGGGCUCGCUGGGAUCAGGAUCACCUCCCUGGGAUCGGGAUUGUCUGGCUGGGAUUGGGAUUGUCUGGCUGGGAUCAGGAUUGUCUGACUGGGAUCAGGAUGGCCUCACUGGGAUCAGGAUGGUCUCACCAGGAUCGGGAUGGACUCACCAGGAUCGGGAUGGGCUCCCUGGGAUCAGGAUGGGCUCGCUGGGAUCGGGAUCACCUCACUGGGAUGGGGAUGGUCUGGUUGGGAUCAGGAUUGUCUGGCUGGGAUCAGGAUGGUCUGUCUUGGAUUGGGAUUGUCUGGCUGGGGUCAGGAUGGGCUCACUGGGAUCGGGAUGGGCUCACUGGGAUCGGGAUUGUCUGGCUGGGAUCAGGAUGGUCUGGCUGGGAUCAGGAUGGUCUGACUGGGAUCAGGAUGGGCUCACCAGGAUCGGGAUGGACUCACCAGGAUCGGGAUUGUCUGACUGGGAUCGGGAUGGGCUCCCUGGGAUCAGGAUGGGCUCACUGGGAUCAGGAUGGGCUCGCUGGGAUCAGGAUGGGCUCCCUGGGAUCAGGAUGGGCUCCCUGGGAUCAGGAUGGUCUGACUGGGAUCGGGAUGGGCUCGCUGGGAUCAGGAUGGGCUCGCUGGGAUCAGGAUGGACUCGCUGGGAUCAGGAUCACCUCGCUGGGAUCGGGAUUGUCUGGCUGGGAUUGGGAUUGUCUGGCUGGGGUCAGGAUGGGCUCACUGGGAUUGGGAUGGUCUCGCUGGGAUCGGGAUCGCCUCCCUGGGAUUAGGAUGGUCUCCCUGGGAUCGGGAUGAUCUCUCUGGGAUCGGGAUCGCCUCCCUGGGAUUAGGAUGGUCUCCCUGGGAUC